GUCCCAGAUCACGUUUGCCACCCACAGCCAACCACUCUUGCCCAAGUCGGCGGGCAAGAAGUGAUUGGGGGUGAGCGAGCUCGGUGCCCAGGCCCCAUCUGGUCCCCGCCGGCCUAAGGCGGUAUAUCCUGCCGUCCCGGCCACCUCCCUGCAGUGUAAGCGGAGUUGCGGCCUCGCCGGCACGCCGACACGAAAUGUAGUGAGCCGGGUGUCCGGGCUGGACGCUCGCCUCGGCUCGGGGUGUAGCGGGGCACACGCGGGAGCUGGAGGACUGCCGAGGGGGAGGAGUGAUGAGAAAAGGGGAUAGCCUGCACCUCCCGAGACCUCGGGCCCCUGCUGCCACUCUCCAGGCGCCCUUCCUCCCCAGCGAGGGGCAGGUGUUCCACACAGAUACUUGUGACUUUAAGGACCAGGCGACUAGGAAAGCACAAAAUCUUCUUGAGAAGGGAGGAGAUCUCUGGAAGAAAGGGGUGAAACAGCAGAUACUGCCCUGGGACUAGCUGAGCCUGAGGUGCUGUGAGAAGCAGAAGGCACCCAGCAGAGGGAGUGGGAAGCCCCAGCCUCAGGUUAUAUUGUGAACAGCUUCUCACAAGAGGCUGCUGAAGCAGACACUCCAGACUCAGGUUGAGCCCUUCCCUUCUGCAUGUGCCUGCUCUGAGGAGCUGGCCACUGACCAAAGAUUCCCCCCAGCACCACAUAGAGCUGCUGGAGGCAGGCACCUGCACGCCUAGUGGAAGCUGCCUCUGCAUCUGGUGAGGAGUUUCUUGUUUCCCUCCAGCCCCUGGCAGCAUUGCUUCAUUGCUUGAUGGGGCUGCCUGUUGGUGAAUCACUUUUAACAGUGCCUAGUAGGAGCAGAGAGCCGUGGGAAGAGGUCCCGCGGCACCCAAGCUUGGGUUCACCCCAAGACUAAGUUCUUUCCUAAGUUAGAGACAGAGAGAAAAAGAGGGAAAAUAAAAGGAAGUUCUCCCCUCCUCUCCUCCCUGCCUGUCAUGUCCUCUAAGUCAGAGCCAAAGGACAUCUACCAGCUGAACAGUAGUGGCCCUACUCCCUCUCCCUGCUCAUCAGAUGGCCCUGAGCGAGAGCCCUUGGCUGGGACCUCAGAGUUCCUGGAGGCUGAUGGGGCUGGGGUGGAGGUGGUGGUGAUUGAGUCUCGAGCCAAUGCCAAGGGGAUUCGGGAGGAGGACGCCCUGCUGGAGAAUGGGAGCCAGAGCAAUGAAAGUGACGACAUCAGCACAGACCAUGGCCCUGCACCACCCUCCCCACUCAAGGAGACCUCCUUUUCCAUUGGAUUGCAAGUGCUGUUCCCCUUCCUCCUGGCAGGCUUUGGGACUGUGGCAGCUGGCAUGGUGCUGGACAUUGUGCAGCACUGGGAGGUCUUCCAGAAGGUGACGGAAGUCUUCAUCCUGGUUCCUGCGCUGCUUGGGCUCAAAGGAAACCUGGAAAUGACCCUGGCAUCGAGGCUGUCCACUGCAGCUAACAUUGGACAAAUGGACACACCCAAGGAGCUCUGGCGAAUGAUCACAGGGAAUAUGGCCCUCAUCCAGGUGCAGGCCACAGUGGUGGGCUUCCUAGCAUCCAUUGCAGCCGUGGUCUUUGGCUGGAUUCCUGAUGGCCAUUUUAGUAUCCCGCAUGCCUUCCUGUUGUGUGCCAGCAGUGUAGCCACAGCCUUCAUUGCCUCCUUGGUACUGGGUAUGAUUAUGAUUGGAGUCAUCAUUGGCUCUCGAAAGAUUGGGAUCAACCCAGACAACGUGGCCACACCCAUUGCUGCCAGCCUGGGAGACCUCAUCACCUUGGCACUCCUCUCGGGCAUCAGCUGGGGACUCUACCUGGAACUGAAGCACUGGAGAUACAUCUACCCCCUGGUGUGUGCCUUCUUUGUGGCCCUGUUGCCUAUCUGGGUGGUGUUGGCCCGACGGAGCCCAGCCACAAAGGAAGUGUUAUACUCAGGCUGGGAACCUGUCAUCAUUGCCAUGGCCAUCAGCAGCGUGGGAGGCCUCAUCUUGGACAAGACUGUCUCAGACCCCAACUUUGCAGGAAUGGCUGUCUUCACACCUGUGAUUAAUGGUGUUGGGGGCAAUCUGGUGGCUGUGCAGGCCAGCCGCAUCUCCACCUUCCUCCAUAUGAAUGGCAUGCCAGGGGAGAACUCUGAGCCAGUUCCUCGCCGCUGCCCCAGUCCAUGCACCACCUUCUUCAGCCCUGAUGUGAACUCACGCUCAGCUUGGGUCCUCUUCCUCCUCGUGGUCCCAGGACACCUUGUGUUUCUCUACACCAUCAGCUGCAUGCAGGGUGGCCACACCACCCUCACUCUCAUCUUCAUCAUCUUCUACAUGACAGCUGCACUACUCCAGGUGCUGAUUCUCCUGUACAUCGCAGACUGGAUGGUGCACUGGAUGUGGGGUCGGGGCCUGGACCCAGACAACUUCUCCAUCCCAUACUUGACCGCUCUGGGGGACCUGCUUGGCACUGGGCUCCUGGCACUCAGCUUCCAUGUCCUCUGGCUCAUUGGGGACAGAGACACAGAUGUCGGGGAUUAGCUUAGCCAUUCAGCCUUUUCCCCAUCCCUCUGCACUUUCUAUUUGGAUUUUUUUUUCUUUUGUUCUACCCUACCCACUCCACACUCCCACAUCUUUCUGGGACUUCACUUUGAUACCAAAUUCUCAUUAUUUUCAAUGGGAAUUUUUAUACAUUGAGCCAAGUUUGAAUAGCAAAAAUUCAGGAAGGACAGAUGGACUGAAAUAAGCAGUACACGUAGACUUUUGAGACAAUCACCAAGUGCAAUUCUAUUGUGGGUGCCUCCAAAUGAGGUGGCUUGGGACACGGGUGUUCUGUCUGGUAUCUGGGGACCUAUGGAUUAGCUUUAGUAACCUCAGCCAUGGCCCCUAAUGAGAAAUUCUUUGUAAAUGGGCUUUGGGUUGUUUGAUUUGGUUAAACAGAGGGAUGAGAGAUAGACAUUCCCACACAUACACAUAUUUUUAUAGAAAUGGACUGACUUCAGAGCACUGAGCAGGAGAUUGUUACUUCAGACUCCUUAUAAUCACAGCCCUAUUCUAGGCCAACCAGCACUCAGGUGAGCUGACUGUUCCAUCUGUGUAUAUGCACUUUGCCCAACUACCAGAUUGUUUUCUAGCUGAAUGGGUGGUGGCCUAGGCUCAUGAAGGAUCCAUGUCAUCCACAGGUUUCUGAAGGUCCACAUUCCCACCUCCCACCCUCACCCUGGGCCAGAGAACCAAGUAUCUCUGUUCAAGCCUUCUCUCUAAUUGUCUCCAAGCACUCCAUUCCCCACAGCUUGCCAGGUGGGCUUCUGAGAUUAGGGACAGGACAAGGGUAUAUGGAGAAUGACCUGGAGAUUGAGGCAGCUGGGGUGUGUGUCUUGCUGCUGUUUGUCAUGAGAACAUAACCACAUAGUCCACCUUGGCCUCUGUCACUUCCUAAAAGUAUUCAUUCUGUUGUGCUGCGGAGGCCAGUUGGCCUCUCUCUUACUCCUGUCCACAGAUGGUCAUCAUCCAUUCGCUCCUUCAGCAAUUUGCAGCCUCCCCGGAUGAGCUCUUCUGCAACAUGAUCUGAGAUUCUCAUUGAGGUAUUCAUAGUGUGCCUACUAUGUUAGGUACUGUGCCAGGCAUUCAUGAGCCAGUGGUAAGGGGAUCACAGCUCUAAUCUUACUUCAUUCCCUAGGUUACAGAAGCCAUGUGCAAGUUCCCUUAUUGUAGGUGUUUGUGCCUACUUCAUCAAGGCACGUUCUGCCUUGUCCUCCUUUUAGACCACAACUCCACAAUGCUGGCCAGCCCAAGUUGCCAGCUCCACUGCUCAACCAGUGCUUAUGUCCUAUAAAACACCCCUCACCAGGGGCGGUGGUGCACACCUUUAACCCCAGCACUCAGAAGGUGGAGGCAGGCAGAUCUCUGAGUUUUAAGCCAGCCUGGUCUACAUAGCAGUUUCAGGCCAGCUAGAGCUGUCCAAAAAAAAAAAAAAAAAACUUUCCUCUCCUUCAUUCCCUGAGGUUUUCAUUCAUGAGGUUUUAGAACUAGCUGGACAUCAAUUGGCUGUUUCAACAUCUGUCUGCCUUGCACAAACUUUGAAGAAAACUAUAUUCUCUUCCCCCACACAUUGCUCCAAAUAGUUCAGCAAAGGUCAGGAGCUUAUAAACACUGUAGCCUAAAGGGCCAGCCUCCAAGAAAGGCUUAAGCAGUGGCUCUGUUUAUACUAAUAGCAUGCCUAGACUUCCAGAGAUUUUUUACUCCCUCAUUUCCUCCCAGGCCACCUAAAAUCAUAGAACCUUGGAAAUGGAAGGUGUCAUAGAAGUUACCUAGUUGAAGUUGUGUCCAGCAGAUUAAUACCAGUUUAGCCUUGUUUCUGUUCUUCCCUUUUGCCUCCUUUCAUCUUUCCCUCCACCUCAACAUACUUGCACACAGACUUUUGUACAGGCAUCAAACUCUGAAACAGCCCCUGUGAGCCCCAGCCAUUUACCCUGUCCUAAUUUCUGGAGUUGGAUCAGGCUGUCUGGAAACUGAAUUAUCCUUCUUCCUUUGCCUCAAAAACAAAGAUAGGCACACCCGAGUCUCAGCAUGUGUGAGCAGAGGAAGACCGGAGCGAGAGGGAAGGAAAAUGAAGUGGACUUCAAUAGAAGAUUCAUUUCUUUCCCCCAAUUGCACCAUUGCAUGUACUUUUGGCCUGACUGCAAGAAACAAAAUUGGUUUACUCUCCUAUCCUUCAAAAGUUAAAGAACUGUGUCUUAAGACAAUUAUUUAUAGUUACUAUAACUGAAUUGACAAAUGUCAACUUAACUGAUAAAUUAUAUUUGGUAAAAUAAAAAGGAAGUUUAUUUCA